AAUGCUUAAAUUUGAGGUUAUGAUUAUCGAGCAUACUGCUGUUCGAUACGAUUCACUUAUUUGUUCGCAUCAGAAGGAUACUACACUUUAUUCAUCACAUGUCACUACUGUCAUAAUUCAGUUGAUUAAUUAUGCCUUUUCUUUACGGAGUAAUAAAUAAAUCGAAUAUUAUAAGAUACAUUUGAUGUUUUAAUAAAGAUCUUAUCGAUGAUUUCGAUAGAAACCCCUUUUGAAAUGUAUUUACAGGUAACUUACCUUGAGUGUAAGCACAUGGAAUACCGGUAUGCAAAAACCGAUAAUUUAUCGAUAUAAUUUUAUCGACAACCUUGGCCACAGCAAGAUGGUGGAACCGAUUACUCCUGUCGAAAAACAUUGUGCAACAAGUGGUUUGCGAGUGAAUAAUUAAAAUAAAUAUAAAGUUGUGCGGCGAAUGGGAAGUGUUGUAUUGUGUUUGAAAUAAACUAUAUAAGGCUUAAAGCGUACGAGUGCUGACGAACGUCGAGUCAGGCGUGAAGACAAAGUAUAGGCAUAAAGCCGAACGAAGUUCUCGGCUGCCUCCGGCUGCGUGAGGAAAUAGAACUCCUUUGGCCACAUAUUAGCAGAAUAAAGAAAGAACACGAUGGACAUCAUAUUAUUGAAGCGUCUUAGAACAUUUGCCAAUAGUAUAAAAGAGCAUCAAGCGAAAGCAUCAGAGCUAUGUGCGUGUCGUCCAUGGGAAGAUAAUGAAGUGGAACAAGCCGCUAUCAUUGCCUCCAAGUUACAGUCAACGCUGGGGAAAUUUCAGAGUGAUCUCUAUCAGUAUUUUAAUACAAGCACUGAUCCGAACCCUGAUGAGGUCUCGACCUUAACAGAGAUACAAUUACAAGGCGAGGAAAUUUUAGCUGAACUUAAUGCCAGAAUACAGAUUAUUGACGCUCAUUACUCCUCCCUAUACAAAGUUAAGAAAGCGAUGAAGCCUCAAGAUUGCAGGAAAACAUUAGAUGAAUUAGAAAGACACCUUAGAGUAUUGCAAUCCCUAGGAGAAGACACUAAUAAGAAUAACUUAAGGUUCCUUUUCAUGGAAAAAUUUCCUGAAGAUGUGAUUUAUGAGUUGAAACUGAAGUUGAAAACUGAAUCCACAGAAGAGAUAAGGAAACAGUUAAACGCUAUCAUAACGGCAAAGGAGGAUGUUGAUAGAAUUAAUGCAGAAGAUAAAAAUAGAGAACCUACUUUCACCACUGAAACGUUACACGUGAAAAUUAAUAAAGUUAAGGAUAAUAAUAAUAAACAUUUGAAGAAAUUCACUGGUGAAAGGAAAUUUAAAAAUAAAUAUAAUAUGAAACCUAAAGGGAAACCCAUCAAAACCGAACCGGGUACUUCAACAUUUUCUAGCGUAGACAGAAGGAAGAGACCGUAUGAAGCCAAUAACGAAUCAAGAAAUCAAUAUCCACCUAAAAAGCGAGACAGGAAGGACUGUAUAUUUUGUCACGGUGAUCAUUUCAAUGAUAGUUGUCCGCGCUUUACAACUUUAGCUGAGAGAAAAGGCAAGUUAUCUGACCGCUGCUUCAUAUGUUUUAAAUAUGGUCACAGACAAAACACCUGCAGAACAACACAUGUCUGCCAUUAUUGUGGGGCAAGAAACCGACAUAACAGAGCAUUAUGCCCUGACAAAGAACUGCAAAAUACCACGACUACGUCUACUUAAACAACAAAAAAUCAAGAUAAACAACCAUUUUCAAACAACUGUAGUAAACAAUUAAACAACAUAAGACAUGAUAACUUCAUGAAAAUAUACAGAGUUUUGUUAGAAUGUAUUAUACAAAUAAUCAUUAAUCACCUGAUUCAUUAUUCAAGUUGUCAGAAUGUCUGCCUGAAAAAAGAUAGUAUAAUGAUAGAAAAUUCAUGUAAUUUGUUAAUGAAAUUUAGAUGCCACAAAAUUGGAAUAACCGCUGAUGUAGAAAAGGCUUUUCUACAGAUAGGCCUGAAUGAUAAUGACAGAGAUGUCACAAGAUUUUUAUGGUUAAAAGAUGUAUCCAAACCAGCAGUG